AUGCUUGAUCACUUGGUCGGAAAGCCGUCAGCUAACUGGAAGCGGACACAAGUAUUACUGACGUUAAUCUUUGGGUUGUGGGCAUUGAUGAAAGGCAAAACACAACAUUUGCCACGGACACUACAGAAAAUAAACCGUCUCACUGCUGGCAGGUCGCCAUGGAAGAUUGCACUAGGUUCCUGGAUGUCAUAUUACUUGCUCCAAAAUCUCUUCCUACUGUUCGGCUUAAAUGCACCUGAACCUUUGACCCGUCUGUACAAACGUAGUUUCUACCGAGCCACAUGGAUCUUGACAGCCCUCGAUGCUGGCUUUUUUACUGCCAUGCCAUUACGCCCUAUCUGGCUUCGCCAUUUUUGCUCUGUCUUCUUUUCGUUCUACUAUCUGAUUUUCGCAGAUGCAGCAGAAGAACGCGUGCGACGUGUGCGAGCGACCAUUUCAAUCGACCAUAUGCGUACUUCCUGGGAAAAAGUGGCAAACAAUCCUAUUUUAAGAUUCUUUUCCCGCAUUCAACGACCACGAGUGACGAUCCAUAAAACCAUGCGUAUCGAACGAUCUGGUAACAACAAAAACAAACCAGCGACCGAAAUCCUAUUGAUGUAUGCUGGUGAUGUGGACACGCUUGAAGAUCAAACAACGAUCUUGUUGCAGUUUCCAGGUGGUGGAUUUGUAUCCAUGCCACCCUCAUGUCAUGAAGAUGCACUCUCCGCUUGGGCCAAGCAGACCCAGUUCCCCGUUGUCAGCGUCAACUAUAGAAAGGCACCCGAGUAUACCUACCCUUGGCCAGUCGAAGAAUGCUUUGACUUUUAUACCAAGCUGAGCCAAAGUCGUGGUCGCAUCAUUGGCUUGUCUGGACGACAUGAUAUCAAAGUCAUUAUUGUUGGUGAUUCAGCCGGUGGCAACUUGGCAGCGGCAGUGACGCUCAAGAUUUUGUCACACAAUCAAGACAUCAAGACCCGUUCGGCGCUCAAAGUAGACGAAGUGCCUCAGUCAGCUAUUCAAGUGCCUGAUGGUCUCGUCUUGAUUUACCCUGCAUUGGACUUUGAGAUGACCUGUUGGAUGACACCUGCUCAAUUAUCGUUGCUUCGGUCACACUCGACCACCUCAAUGAUCCGUUCCAAGUCUUUGCAAAGCUUAUUGGAUACCAAAGAUCACUUGAGUCAUGCAAGCCCAUUAAGUAUGGUACCCGAUGUUGAAAAGGUUAGCUUGUGGAAACGUGCCUUGGGUAUGACACCCAUGCAAAAGAGCACCAAGCAACAGCACCAAGCACCGAUCAAGGAGGAUUUUGUAGGGUCUACAAAUGUAGAGCCUUCCAUUGUGGAGCAUAUCCAAGACAUGACGCAAGUCAAGCAUGCAUGGGGAUCCGCGAGUAUUGCUAUGACAAGUCGUAUGUGUUAUUUCAAUGAUCGUAUAAUCACUGCUGACAUGAUGCGCGCCAUGGCUAUCCUCUACCUGGGUCCACACGCUACUCCAGACUUUGAGUCCGAUUAUCUUUUGUCGCCUGUCGUUGCACCGUUAGACUUACUCGCACAAUUUCCUAAAACAUACAUGCUCUGCGGCGAAAAGGAUCCGUUCGUCGACGACACCGUCAUUUUUGGCGGCCGCAUCCGUAAAGCCAAGCAUCAAGAAUGCCGUCGCCGUGAAGAGCAUGAUUUGCCCUAUGAUCCCCUGUUAGACGAUAGCACCAUCCAAGUCCAAUUUUUGGAGGGCAUGAGCCACGCCUUCUUACAAAUGAUGGCUUUCUUGCCCGAAGCUCAUCGAGCAACGAAAACGAUUGGUGACUGGGUGCUCGAAAUGGCUUCGCCUACCACUGAAGAUUCUUCUUUGGAAAGUGUCGUUUCUGAUGCUGAGUCGAGUAGCACAAUCUCUGUCGACAAUAAUGGGGGAGGCACUAUUACUGGUGGUAUUGGGUCACCCAGAGAGGACACGCCUUCACCCACAACGGCUCGUAGCAUUGCUACCCAUUUGGCAGAAAUCGUCACGUCAGAAAAGGAUAUGAUGAGUCGACGCAAAUCGGAUUUGGUUAGCGAGCUUUUUACCCAAAAGAUUUAG